AUGGCCCCGUCAAGGGUCCCUCCAUAUCAUCUUGAUGCCAUCGAUCUUAUUGAUGCUACGACGUUACGAAUUCACGAUCCUGGAUUUUAUCUAUUAAUGGUGAUGACGAUAUCUCCCCGGUUCGUUUUAUGCAUUUCUUACCGAUAUAUACCAAUAUAA